CGGCCUCAUCUUUUUCUGCUCAUAUCAAUAAUUCAGUGCCUAGAAUUUAACUAUUUCCAAUAAAGCUCCCUUUUGUCUUCUGGAAAGACAAUCAUUGAAAACACCAGUCAAGUUUCAUCUGAACAGCAAAAAUUUAUAAGCGGCAGGUAUCAAAAUUAUACAAUGUCAAGAGGAUUUUGGAGGUUAAUUAUGGCGGUCAACAACCCUCUCAUCUUUAUUUGUUGCAUACUUUUUUUGAGUUUUCAUUUUUCUGAAGCAAUUCAAGCUGGUUCUGUUGUCACCUUUUUGCCUGGUUUCUCUGGGAAUUUUCCGUCCAAACACUACUCAGGGUAUGUGAGUGUAGAUGAGAAGAAUCUCUUCUACUACUUUGUUUCUUCAGAAAGAAAUCCCUCGAAGGAUCCUGUUGUUCUUUGGCUCAAUGGUGGCCCUGGUUGCUCUAGCUUUGAUGGCUUUGUUUAUGAACAUGGGCCAUUCAAUUUUGAAGAAGGAAAUCCCAAAGGAAGCCUGCCUAAGUUGCAUCUCAAUCCAUAUAGUUGGUCGAAGGUUUCGAACAUGAUAUAUUUGGAUUCUCCUGCUGGGGUUGGACUUUCUUACUCCAAAAAUGAAAGCAAAUACAUAACUGGAGACAUUCAAACUGCAAUCGAUACACACGCUUUCCUCCUUAAGUGGUUCGAGCUAUACCCUCAGUUUCUCAACAAUCCAUUUUAUAUAUCGGGAGAGUCUUAUGCUGGAAUCUAUGUACCUACUCUUGCUUCUCAAGUCGUCAAAGGAAUAAAAGCUGGCGCCAAUCCUAGAAUCAAUUUCAAAGGUUACUUGGUGGGAAAUGGACUCACAGACAGACAAUUUGACGGCAAUGCUCUUGUUCCCUUUGCCCAUGGAAUGGGACUCAUUUCAGAUGAUAUAUUUGAGGAAGUUGAAGGUUCUUGCAGAGGAACGUAUUAUGAUUAUGAAUCCAGUAAUGGUUGCAUAAGGAGCAUACAAAAAGUUGAUGAGGCUCUAAGCGGACUGAAUGUUUACAACAUUCUUGAACCUUGUUUCCAUGAACCUCUAUCACAACAAUAUGGCACUGCAAAUUCAAGUCUGCCGGCAAGCUUCCAGCAGCUGGGAGCGACAGAGAGGCCUCUCAAAGUGAGAAAAAGAAUGUUCGGCCGAGCUUGGCCUCUCUGGUCUACUGUAAAAGAUGGUGCUGUUACAAUGUGGCCGCAGCUUAUUCAAGGAGAUAAACUUCACCAUGUCUCAUGUGUUAAUGAUGAAGUUGCAACUGCAUGGCUAAACAAUGACACAGUUAGAAAAGCCCUUCAUGCAGAUUCCGUUGAAGUAGCAGGAAGUUGGGAAUUAUGUACAGAUAGAAUAACUUAUUAUCGUCAAGCUGGAAGCAUGAUUCCUUACCAUAAAUCUCUAACUUCUCAGGGAUAUCGAGCACUUAUAUACAGUGGAGACCAUGAUAUGUGUGUACCAUUUACUGGAAGCCAAGCAUGGACUAGAUCACUUGGGUACAAGAAAAUUAAAGGAUGGAGAUCAUGGACAUCCAAAGGCCAAAUUGCUGGGUACUUGCAAGAAUAUGACCAUAACCUCACCUUUCUCACUGUCAAGGGCGCAGGGCAUACUGUCCCUGAAUACAAGCCACAAGAGGCUCUAGACUUCUACAGCCGCUGGUUGGAUGGAAAUCAAAUUUAGCCGCAUCAAUUCUACCAACAAAAUUCUUACUUUUCAUCUUCAGAUUGCCAAGAAAUUUUUUUUUUUCUAAUUUAAGAAAUGGGAAGAAAAUAGAAGAAGCAAUUUGAUUACAGUCUCAUUGUGAUUUAUAAAUAAAUGUCAAGGGCUAGCCGAAGUGGUUGGUCUCGCAUGUAAAAAAACAGAGUCAAAAGUUUGAUUCAUUGUGGUUAACAAUCUCUCGAUUUCGUUCGCACAUUUUCUUACAUGUUUAAUUUGUUUUGUUGUUACAACUCUUGGAAAAUUUUUAAAAAGCUUGUUGAAUUUUAGGA